GGUAAAUAGACAGCUAUUUGCUGCAUACAUUUCUAUUUGCUGUAGGGUCUGAUAUAAUAAUCCAUUUGUAGAACUGCAAUAUGGGGAAAAAUAGAAUUUGAAUUAUACAUUUGCGAAAUCUCUAAAGUGCCAAAUCUUCCAGUGUAUCCCUGGAUUAAAUCCAAAACGAAACUGAAAGAUAUUGUUUUGUUUUCCCGCCACAUAAUCCCAUUUCCCGGACCAUUACUGCUUCCACACAGCACAUAUUAUAAUGCCUGCAAACCGCAUUGUAUUCUAUGGUUUGGCGAUUAGUUUGCUGCUGAUUUGUCUGUGUUUACCUGCAGAGACCGGAUCAGAACAUGAAGUAAAAUGUGAAAAUACAACUGCUGCUCACAUUGGUGCAAACGUAACUCUGAAAUGUGACUUCUUAUCAUCGUAUGAUGUUCUGCAAGUUACUUGGCAGAAGCAAACAAAGGACGUAUUGGAAAACAUGGCCACCUGUAGCAGAAAGUAUGGGGUUAAAAUUGUAAGUCCCUUUGACAAACGCAUAUUGGUUAAAAGCACAAGUACACACAGAUCAACCAUGAUUAUUUUCGAUUUGAAAAAGGAAGAUGAAACCUGCUAUUUUUGUCUUUUCAACUCAUAUCGAUAUGGGGCAUACAAAGGACAAGUUUGCAUCACAUUACAAGGUGAUCAGACACCAAAUAAUCAGAUUAAAUGUUCUGCUACUGGGAAACAUCCUCCGAGCAUCAGCUUACAGCCUCCGGAAAAUGAGGAAGGUUCUGUUAAAGAAACUAUGGAUAAUAAAGACGGAACAUCAACUGUUACACGAAAAACAGAAUAUACAGAUUCUCAACAGAAGAUAUAUUGUGAUUUCAGCCUACAGAAUGGUGACAGGAAAAGAAGGGAUUUAAAAGAAGGCAAUAAUUUGUCUACCAAAAUAUCUGAUGAAAUGAUCACUCAAUGUUCUGUUUCUGGAACCGCAAACCCUAAGAUAAUAUGGAUGAAUGAGGGAAAGCCAAGUAUAAAAGAAGACAAAGUAGUCAUAGAGGACAACAUGAUAACUGUUACAAGUGUUCGGAAGUACUCAUCAGGUUCAUUUUUGAAUUCAGUGACCCUUUCGUGUGUUGUGCUCACAAAUACAGAGAAAGAAGAUUCAAGUGCAAGACAUGCAGCUUGCCAAGAUACACCUAAUAUAAUACGACUGGCAAUAGUUUCUGGAGUUUUUUGUGUCAUGCUGAUUUUAGGGACAGCAUUGUUCUGUUAUCAAAAAUGGAAGAGGAAAGGGAAGAGUUUUCUUAAUGGAAUAAUCACACCAAUUAAAGAGAACAGGAAAUCACACAGCUCAAGAAAUAACACUCAAUCACCAGAUCAACUUUCCUCUAAACCAUUAAGGGAAGGCUUCAAUAAAAAAGAAGAAACAUCAAAUGAGAAAGAAAACAUGUCCUUUGGAUUCCAAGACAGACCAAAUACACCAAAUAACAGAACGGAUGUUAAAUUACAUAUCCCUAGACAAGACUUCAAAACCCCUGAAAAUAUUCAUAAUAAUUCGUUACCCGGAAGUGAGGUAUUAAGAAGAAAAAACAGCGCCAAAAAGAAAGAUGGAAAAAAACCUACACCAAAAAAGAACCUUUCAUUUGAAAAUAUGUAAACUUUACCAAUUGCAAUUAGUGUAACAAAAAACGAUUACAAUAUGUUACGAUUUUCAAAAUAGUCCUCCUUCAAGUAUAUUCCGUAAUUUUUGUUAAAAGGCCAAGUUGAUAUAAUGAAACUUUUAUGCAAAAUGUAAACAAACACCCUCCCCUUAACUAUUACCAGAUCCUAAACUGGAUUAAUUGUUUUUGCCAGGGAUGGCCAACUGGUUGCCCCUGCGUCCCAUUCAGCCCUUUGCAAUAGUUUUUGUGCCUCCCUGGAAAAAAUGGAACUAAAAAUGUGUUUAUUGAGAAUUUAUGGAAAAGAGUCAAACAAGGUGGUCACAGCUCAAAAAUGCUCUUUGGAGAGAAAAACGGCAUUCAGAAUGUAUACUGCAACCUUACCUAAAUCUAAAUCUGUGCUUCUGGAAUUCUUUAGGAAAUAUAUUAUUUGUAUAUUUAACCCCUUCACCAAAAGUGAAGCCUAUCGUACCGCACAACGUAUAUAUACGUCAGAGCUUCAGGAAGCUGCAGCAGUCUCGCCUGUUAAGUUACAGCCGAGUGCUGAAAUUCCUGAGCUCCAGGCACCUGCCGCAUAUGGAACCGGAGAACGAUCAGUUCCCUGUGUGGGCAUAUGCCUGAUUGUUACAGACAGGGACACUGUGUGUGUCACCGUCUGUAAUGAUCGUUGCUGGUGGCGGCUAGAGAUAUGGGUGGGUGGUUGCCCAGCAGCGGAGGUUGUGGGAGAGGCCUAUACUACAGAAAAUAAGAAGGGACAGGGAGGUUGGGGCAGCUACACUACAGCAAAAGGGGGAUGGGGGGAUCCCUUACUGAGGAUCGCGGGAGUAGGGGAGGUGGUGGGACUACUACACUACAGAAAAAAAAAAAUUACAUAAAGAAGGGGUCUUAUACAGCUGGCUGUACCUAAGAUAUUAGCACUUGUUAGAGGGGGGAGGGUUAGAAAAAUAUUUUGGAGGGAUCAGGGAGGUUGGAGGGUAAGGGGGUAUCCUACCCUUCAGAAAAUAAAAUGUAAUUUAAAAAAAAA